AUGUCUGGAAAAAGCAAAAACAGAAGUGCAGCAAAUGCUGAUUCAAUAUCUGGUGGUGUAUCCUGCGAUGAGCGUAUUUUGCGGGAUUGUCAUCAACUGUACACGGAACCCGACAGUGGCUUGAUUGCAGUGGCUGAAUCUGUGGGUGUAAAGUUGUUGCCACCCAGGAAGAAGAUCACUGUGAUGCUGAUGGGCAACCACUCUGCUGGAAAAAGCUCCUUCAUCAACUGGUAUGUUGAAGAGCACAUCCAGCGCACUGGUGUGGCUAUUGAGACCCAGGGAUUCAGUUUUGUUACAAGUGGACGUAAGAGAGAAUCUCUUACUGGAAAUGCUACCCUUCAUUUAUAUCCCCACUUCAAGCCUCUGCAAGAAUUCAAAGGUGUUUCGGAGUAUUUGAGUACAGAGAUCUGCACAUCACGGCAGAAACGUUUCAGCCUGUUGACUUUUGUGGAUUCGCCUGGGUUGGUGGACGGUGAUAUGAAGUAUCCCUUUGAUGUGGAUGAAGUUGUCCUGUGGCUCGGUGAUCUCUGUGACCUGAUUCUGGUGUUCUUUGACCCGAUGGGUCAGGCUCUAUGCAAGCGUACCCUCAAUAUUGUGGAGGCCCUGAAUGACAAACAUGGGGAUCGACUUCGUUUCUACCUCAGUAAGGCUGAUGAAGCCGGGGGAGAGUCUGAUAGACAGAGAGUAAUGAUGCAGAUCGUCCAAGAGCUCUGCAAACGACCAGGACUCAACAAAUGUGGUUUUGACAUGCCCACUAUCUACAUUCCUAAUCCAAAUAAGCCAAGCCGCUGUGUCAACCAGAUUGAGGAAGUGUGUCGCACUAUUGAGAAGACCAUCAAUCAGACGGUUCAGAAUACACUCAAUUCUCUCGAAAAGGACUGUGACAUUAUUAGCGAAGCAAUCAUUGAUAAAAUGAUCACAGACAGGCAGGUCAGUAGUGAGAACCGACGGGCACGCUGCAAGAGCUGCUUUCUGAUGCUACUGGGUUUCAGUAUCCCCAUGGCUCUUUUGGCAAUACUGCUGCUUGGCACUCUCUCCAAGGAGGUUCUGGAGAUGGCUCUAGGUCAUCAAGGCAUUGAAGCCCUAUCUCUAUAUCUGGUUCCUGUAGUACGGAUAUUUGAAUCAAUGUCUGGAGAACAGCAGCUUUACGGCUGUGGUGGAAUGGUCCUUGCCUCAUUCCUGCUGCUCAUCAUUGCUCGAUUCUCUUUUAGGACUCAACCGACUCUGUCAGGCAAGCAGAAAAGACAGCUGCAGGAGAAAUUGGACUUUGUCCAGGAGGUGGCAAAGACCAAAAAGAAAAAGCUGUAUGAAGAGUACCUGCGACAGAGUGUCAGCGAUCAUGACAUGAGCUAA